GCUCACGUUACGGCCUCUUAGGAAGUUUUUACGAGUUCACUAACUAUCGAAGGCUGUUUUCGCAUGGUUUCUUGCGAGUAAAGAAUAAUUACAGCAGUGACACUGACGCAACGUCAAGGAGGGCAAUGACGAUCGAACUGUAUGCGAUUGUGACGAGAGAACCUUGCUUCUUCAUCAGGAUGCUGGCAAAGCAAAUAGGCAUUGAGGUCAAGCUCAAGGCUCUAGAUUACGACAAGCAGGAACACCUGUCUGCCGAAUACGCCAAGAUAAGCCCUUUGCACAAGGUUCCAGCAAUCAACGAUGAUGGCUUUAUUUUGUACGAAAGCACUGCCAUCUGCUACUACUUGCUGAACAAGUAUGCUCCGGCGUCGCCGCUCUACCCGAAGGAGGUCGAGAAGCGUGCUCGUGUGGAUCAAAUCUUGUGCACUGUGUCGAGCUUUGUGCAGCCAGUUGCUUCAUCCUACAUCCCCUGA